UGUGACUGCGGCAUCCCGCGGGAAAUGAAUCCGGCUCUUAACGCGUUACUUUAUAUAAGUUCAACCUCAAUCAUUAUAUAUUUCUCCUCAUCCUCCAGAUUCAAAGGGCUUUCAGACUCUUCCAAGGCUUUGCCUUUUGUCCUUAUACUCUUCAUCUCUAUUAGAAACUUCACUUAGACUUGUACCGGCUUGCUUUAUCUUUCACAAUGACAACACAUCAACAGUCCAACUCCCAAGGCGUUCGUGCCGACAAGCUUGUCGCUCUUCCAAGCCUGUCAUGCGGUCUCUCUUCAUUACCUCAAGCCAAAAGCAUGGACAGCGUGUCACUACAUCCAAACAUGUAUGCGCAGCGGGCAGCUGAAAGCGAAGCCAAGCUGAAAAACGUCUUGUCCAAGACUGCUGCAUCACACUCGCAGAAUCCUCCACCCAUUCCUACUUACAUGAACCCGCCUCACCAAAACGCAAAUUCGCCCAAUUCAUCUUCGCCCUUGAUGAUGCGGAAAUCUAAACCAAAAUUCUCGGCCUGAAUGGCCAGCCUAGACUUUCCUUUUAUAUUUUCCUCUGCUGGGAACUAUCGUAGAUCUUGCAUUACCACCAUAAAGCGGCACACCCUCUCAUCGUCCAUCCUCAUCACGUUAUUGCAUCGCAUAUAGACACAUCGCAUACCUAUAUUCAUACCAGGGCAUCUCUUUCAUUCCCCGUGGUUUUUUUUUUGUUGCUUUUGUUUUGUCCCACCGGCCCAGCGCCUCAGGUGAAGAUUGGAAUUUUAAUACGGGUGGCGAACUUAUACUUAGCCUGGGAGGUUUUUUACUCUGCUACGGGGUCUAGUCAUCAUAAUUUUAUGGAUAUUGGGUUUGUUGGGCAACUGAUAUUGGUGUGUGAGCAUCGCUAACAGGCCCUCAAACCUCAGGCCUCAGGCUGUUGCAAGGGACGGUCCUGGACAGCCUUGGAUGACCCUGGCCUGAGUUAACUUGGACCCACUGUUGGGUAAUA